UUUACAGCGGUGCGAAAGCGGAAGGUAUCAAACUAAACGCUUGCUGCCCUGCCCUUCUUCUCUCGUUGGCUUUCGUUCAAUUGUUUGCGUACAAAUCGACUCUAAAACUAGCCGUCUCAUCGCUGUCAAGAUGCCCAAGGGAAAGUGGAUCGACAAAAAGACUGCGACGCAUUUCACCCUAGUACACCGUCCGCAAAAUGACCCCCUCAUCUAUGAUGAGUCCGCACCGUCCAUGGUCCUCAACCCGACCCAGCGGUCCAAAAAGUCCAAGGGGAAGGGUUUGAGUGAUCUCGCCUCCGAGCUUGGCUCCGACGCCCAGAGCAUCCGCGACAAUGAAGGCGAGGCAGCCAAUUACGGCAUCUACUACGAUGACACCGAGUACGACUACAUGCAGCAUCUCCGGGACCUCGGCCAGGGCUCUGGCGAGGCUGUUUUUGUUGAGGCGAACCCGAUUCUAAACAAGGGCAAGGGAAAGCAGAAGGAAUCGCUAGCAGAUGCCCUGGCCCAACUCGACCUGCAAAACCAGUCCGAGGAUCUUCUUGACAGUGAUAUCCUGCCCAGCAAGAACCUCCAGAAGCUCACCUAUCAGGCGCAGCAAGAUGUGCCCGACGCAAUCGCCGGGUUUCAGCCGGGCAUGGACCCGCGCCUGCGAGAGGUAUUAGAGGCACUAGAGGACGACGCCUAUGUCGACGAGGAGGGGGGGGAGGACAUUUUCCAGGAGCUCGCGAAGGACGCUAGGGAGCUUGACGAGCACGAGUUUGAGGUUGCAUAUGACGGAUUUGAAGACGACGAUGAAGGCUGGGAAUCGGACCGCACUGUGAAAGCCACCGGGGAGCACCACAUUGAAGACGAAGUGCCUGAGUUCAAGGAUACUGCGGAUGCCGCCAACCCGACAGAAGGCCCUUCGGACGACUGGAUGGAAGAUUUCAAAAAGUUCAAGAGCGACCAGAAGGCGGAGAAAAAGCCGAAGGCUGCUGGGGCGCCGUCCGAGAUUCAGUCUUCAAUAUGGACGACCACGACGAAUGGUGGCCGGAGGAAGACGAGGAAAGGGGCUCUGACAAACCCCUCGACGUAUUCCAUGACGUCGUCCUCGCUUGUCAGGACAGAGCAGCUGGGUAUUCUGGAUGCGCGGUUUGAGAAGAUUGAGGAGGAGUAUAAUGCAGACAUGGACGACAUGGGUUCCGUGUCAGCGGUAUCAACAAUGUCGACGGUGCAGGGGCCUACGCGGGCUGAUUUUGAUGGCCUGUUAGACGAGUUCCUCGGUGAAUACUCGAUGCAUGGCAAGAAGCGAGUGAAGAAGGGCAAAUGGAAAAACGGCGUGGAACAGUUUGAUGAGAUAAGGAAAGAGCUAGGUCCGCCCAUCAUUCCAUCCAAGUAUCGGUAGAUGAACAGACAUGGGCAUGUCAUGAAUACUUAGCAUUAAUUGAGACCAAGAUAAGAUGGUAUGUCCAGUCAAGUGAAAUUACAAGAGAUAAAGAAAGAUG